UCUAACGACGACCUUUCCCCUAUUUCACUAUCGGAGAAGAGAAGGGGAGGACCAGCUGUACUGUAGAAGUGAUUUUUUCAAGUAUACCCUCUAUCUUGAUUUUGCCUGCCAUGUCAGGGAAGACCUUUCCUAUUGGAGCAACAUCCAGAGUUGUCGAUGCGUCAAAACGAGGUCUGAGCAAGGUGUCCCAGAUUUCCUCCAUCAGUGGAGGGAGACUCAACGUUGCCGCAGUGAACCUGGAUGGGAACAACCUCUCUACUCUACAUGGUAUCAAGUACUUUCCUGCUCUUAUUCAGCUGUCUGUGACUGACAACAGUCUUGUGCGUAUGGAGGAGGUAUCUGCUCUACAACACCUGGUCUCUCUCAAUCUGCAGAACAACAGUAUCUCUGAGAUCAACGGACUGGAGAAGUUGGUUCAUUUGGAAUGGCUGUGUCUAGCUGGCAAUGGCAUCAGGUCAAUGGAAGGACUGGAUACCAAUGUCAAGCUAAGUCACCUUGAUCUCUCAGAUAACUGCAUUGGGAGCAUCUCGUCCAUCGCCACGCUCUCUCAGCUCAAGACUCUGCUUCUCCAUGGCAAUGCCAUCUACACACUGGACAGUGUGGGGGAGAGACUACCACAGUCACUGACUACACUCUCUCUCGCUGAGAAUGAGAUUGAAGAUCUAAACGAGGUGUUUUUCUUGUCGUUCUUGCCGACCUUACACCAGCUCUCUCUCAUGAGCAACCCCUGCGUCUCUCUUGCUGACUCAGCAGUGUUUGAUUAUCGCCCGUUUGUGUGUUACUGGUGUCCUGGACUCCGAACUCUUGAUGGCUUCCCAGUCACUGACAAUGAGAGGAGUUGCUCCUCCACUCUGUUCCCCUCAGAGCAGCCGUGUCCAUUCAGAGUGGGUCAACACAGGGAGCUGGUGGACUACCUCUAUUCUGCCAGCCCACUGCAUACUGCUCAGCUGCUAAUGAGCGGUGAUGCUGGGGAUGCCAGCACUCAGGCCCCCAUGACUGAUCUAGAUGAUGUCAUCAAGAGCUACGAACAGUGUACCACUGACUCGAAACAAGCAGACAUCAUUGAGAAACUGAAAGCCCUCCAACUAGUCGAGCAAAUGAUCAAAUCUCAAGAGCACAUACUUUUAACUCAGCAGCACAACGGCAACAAAGAAAACAGUGACCCAAUCAAAGAUGGUGAGCCCUCUACUAGAAAUGAGACAAAUGAAGACUACCAUCAAGUCCCUCCAAGACCAUUACACGAUGCCUGGAGUGAAGACCACCGCCAAGUCCCCCCAAGACCAGUGCUCAAUGCCUGGGCCGAGUCCUCCCCUGAGAAGUCCCACCCACCUCCACCUGCCCUACCAGAAAUGCCUUUAAUAGUAAAACCGAGCAAUCAGAACACAACUUCGAGUUCUUCCAAACCAGCAGCCGAGCAAAAGACAGAGCAACUCAAGUUGUUGAAUGCUAAAAUAGCUCAAAGACAUUGUGUCCAGAAACCGAGUAAGCCGGUCGGCAAUACCCAAGCAACUGCGAGUACUUCUUCAAAAGUUAAAAAGGCCAAUUCUCAAAUUUCGAUGCGUAAGAAGCCGAACCCAAAACCAAAACUAACCAAUGUUUCAAAAGGCGUUACAAAGAUAUCGAAAACUAGCCAGCAACCUACGAAGAAAACCUCCACAAAGCCAAGUACAUCAAAGCCAACUGCCAGACCCAAAAUGUCCCAUCCAAAAGAGAUGACCAUUACCGAAUCGACUCUGCCUGGAGUUCCUAUUCACCCUGUAGAGGAGACUAGUAUCCAAGACACGCUACAACCCACCCCCUCUAAACAUGAGCCAUCCUUCCGUAUGCCCCGCCCAUCACAUGACGUAAACGCAACCAAUCACGAUGAUCUUCUCAGCUCUACAUCAUACUAUGUGCCUCUAUCAGAAGAUGCCCUCGGUGAAACCACCAUGGAUACCCAGUUCAAGGCUGCAUUAGAGCAAGAUUCCACACUUCUUGGUUCGACUGUUUUAGCAUCUUCCCUCACACAAGCUUAUGGGCUAUCAAGCGAGGCAGAGAGCUCUCACGUGCUGACAACGCUAUGGAAACAAGGCAGCAACUCGACCGCUCAGCCCACCAAUACAGCACAGGGGAAUGAGGAGACUUUGGUACCAGUCAUUGGAAUGAGACCAGCAGAGCUGAAUGGGAACGAGCUUGAAGAAUGCGUGGCACAAAAUUCCAUUCAGUUGCAUGGGUGUAGGCAGGAGUUGGCACACCAAUCACAGCUUCUACAGCUCCAGGAAGAGAUCAUGCAAAGCCUUCUGGUGGAGGUAGAGGCUUUACGCAAGUGGAAGAUUUCCAUGGAGAUUGUUGAGCGAGGGAGAGCUGCUGUUGUGAUACAGAAAUACUGGAGAGGUUACAAAGCAAGGAAAUGUCAUUCAGUUAAACCAUCGAAAAACUCUUCUCUCCGGUCCCUCUGCAUAACUCUCCAACAUCAGGUGGCCGAGCUGAAGGCUGCUCUGGCAACCAUCUCAGAGAAGGGGAAGCGGGUUAGAUUCGAAGAAAACCAAGAAGGUGAUCAUCCCACCCCCACUGAGCUUAAGAUGUCCCACUAUUCAAUAAGCUGUGUCCUGUUGAAAUGGACUCCAGCCGUCACUCCAUCCAGACCUGACAUCACCGCUCUCAAGUGUUACAGGGUUUACGUGAAUGGGGAAGUGGAGGGGAUGGUUGGCCCUGAGAAAUGCAAGGCGUACAUCGAGGGCUUGGAUCGUGGUACAACAUACAGGAUUACAGUGAGAGCUGUGUACAACACUGGAGAGUCUGUGGAUUCCAACCCUGUCGUGGCAUCCCUGAAUCCCCUCAACCCCACCAGCCACGGUUCUCCCUCAAACCAGAGCCCUAACCACUCGAGUGACGAAGAGGCAGGUGGUCGCAGUAGCAGCAAGGGUCUUCCUCCCCUCACCACCACUCUUGGGGAGCCUUCUAGUGCUGUCACUCGUGAUGAAUCUACACACCACUCCCUCCAGCAAUCCCCUCCUCCAAACAAUGAUGAUCAAAAUAACGAUGAAGUGGUUGGUGUACCCACUGAUGUGCAAGAACAUGAGAUGUCUAUCUCAUUUACUCAACUAACUCCAACGAAUGAACUACCACCCGGGACUCCUCCUGAAGAUGACUCUACCCUACCGCCAGACUCCCCUCAGUUUCGGUUCCAAAAGGCCAAGCACAUCACCAUUGACACUGUGUCAGUACUGUCUGGUUGCACUAUUGAAUACUCUGCCCUUCCUAUUGUGGCUGCUACAUCCGCUGACACUUUGUUGGGAGAAUCAUCGUUAGAAAUGGACAACGUAAGCACAAGCUCCUCUGAUUCUGAGAGUACUACAACGAGCAUCGAUUUCAGUAAAAUGGAACCGAAUGAACAAUUAGCUACUAUGGAACCUACCGAGAACUCCAGUAACACUUUAUUGGUUCCUGAUCAGGCCAUAAGGAUUAGUGACCCUCUUGCAACAACAGCAAUUCCAACAACAUCAGUCGCUAGUAGUCAAACACUACCUCGUUCGUUUGAUGUACCUGUAACAGAGAUGUCUGCGUCUACAUCAAAACACACAUCGGGGAUGUUGCCACCAAUGUCACAUGACACAGUGCAAGAAAGUGAUCAGUUGUUGUCACUUCGUACACACACUCUCGUUGGCAAUCAUCCUGUACAGAAUGGAAACACUUCCAGGCUGAGUCAUGUGCUAGCAAAUGCCCUGGGUGUCUGUCCAAACAAUUCAGGGAUGUUUAGUGUAAACAGUGGCUUGGAAUUCAAUGCUAACAUUCCACACUCAAAUACAAUGGCCCUAAAAGAAAACACUCGUUUAAGUGCUACAGAGCUAUCGAGUGUGACCUCACAUAUUACACCUGAAAUCACAUCAAUGGUUGAGUCUGAGAAACAAAACCUAUCAACUGACACGGAGGAGCCUUCUAUGAUUUCCGAAGCCGUUGCUGGAAAAGAUGAUGGCACAAACAAUGAAUUAGUAUCAAGUAACACCAUGUCUGCCAUGGUAACCGAAUCUGCUGCCCCUAUCUCGACAGGUAUGACGAACGAAAUUGACACUAAUUUUCAGCCAUUAAUAGUACAAAGUUCCGUUUCUGCCGCUCCUAGAAGCCAGCCAGUGGACACCAUGUUUAACUGCACAUCACACACUUCUUUGUCACUCCUUGACAACCAAGAGCAGCCUGACUCCACUGGGCGAGGAAGUAACUCAAGCACCUCAAGUGAUGUGGCCUCUCAGCUCCUGGUGGAACUGGAGAAGAGCCUCAGUCAAUCAGAUUGAGUGAUAGGGGCAUGCAUUUAGUGGACUCACUUACUUAAUACCCUGUGUAUAAUCCCCUGUACUUGUAUUGACACUCCAUAUUAUUCUAUGAUACGUGUAUAUACACAAUUCACUGAUGUAUGUGCAUGCAUGAAUAUGAUGGUCUUUUAGAAGAGCAAAUAAUUAUAGAGCCGAUCACUAUAGAAAAAAUAUAUAUAGCAUGCAAUUUUAUUAGGGGGCGAUUGUUUAAAGAGGUUUAAUCCAUGCAUGCAUGUCAGUCUGAUCUCUUUCCUAUUCCUCAUGCAUAGAGGAUCAGUAUUCUACAUACAAUUGCAUGGCGCAUAUCACUUGUAUACAUGCAUCUAAGAAAGAACAUCAAUUUUUUUUG